GCAGUCACAUUUGGGUUUGUGUUAUGCAUGUGUGUCUAUGUGUGUGAGGGUCAGAGGGGUUGGAGAGGCUUUUUAUUGACAUGAUCAACAAGUGCACAUAAGUGGCUGGGUUACUGAUUACAGGUGAUGUUAUAGUUUGUUUGUGAUAAGGCUCUUGCACAAAGUCCUGCCAGAUACAGUGAGCCCUCAGCUACUUCGCCACAUCCUUCCCAUCCUUCAAAGGACCACUGCUGCUUCUCAGGUCCUUUUGGUGCUGUGUUUUUUCUUUUUCCUCUCAUCAGUUGAACACACAGCAGCAUCAUGAGUGUAGAGUCCAAAAAGACACGUGAGGCUUGCUGUUCCAAGCUCAAGCUCUUCCUGGCCUCUAUGUCAUUCGCAUACUUUUCCAAAGCCUUUUGUGGAGCCUAUAUGAAGAGCUCCAUCACCCAGAUUGAGAGGCGCUUUGAUAUCCCCAGCUCCCUCAUAGGGGUCAUAGAUGGCAGCUUUGAAAUGGGCAACCUGUUGGUGAUAGCCUUUGUGAGCUACUUUGGCGCUAAGCUCCAUCGUCCCAGGCUGAUCGGUAUUGGCUGUCUGAUCAUGGCUGCUGGAUCUUUCCUCAUAGCCCUGCCUCACUUCUUCCAGGGACAGUAUAAAUAUGAGACCAGUAUGUCUCACAGUACAAGUGCCAACAGCACUGAGAACAUCCUGCCCUGUUUGGCCAACCACAGCCUGGCUGAAGCCGAUGAGACGCCUGAUUUAGAGGCCAUAACAGCUUGUGAAAAGGCAGCUGGCUCGUCCCUGUGGAUUUAUGUGUUCUUGGGGAACAUGCUGCGUGGAAUUGGAGAGACUCCCAUCAUGCCUCUGGGUGUGUCCUACCUGGAUGACUUCUCCAGAGAGGAGAACACGCCUUUCUAUUUGGCCUGCAUCCAUACAGUGGGGAUCUUAGGACCUAUGUUUGGGUUCAUGCUCGGGUCCUUCCUUGCUAAGAUCUACGUGGACAUCGGAUCUGUGGAUUUAGAUACUAUCACCAUCAACCACAGGGACUCCCGCUGGGUGGGGGCCUGGUGGCUGGGCUUCAUAGUGACUGGCACGGUGGUCCUGCUGUCCAGUAUCCCAUUCUGGUUCCUGCCCAAGUCUUUGCCCAAGCAGGGUGAAGAGCAGAGCCAGAGUAAAGCCACAGAGCUCGCCACAGUGACAGAGCAGGAGAAUUUCCUGCCAGACGAAAACCAGGAGCAUGAGGAGAAGGAGAAGCCGGUUACAUUCCAGGAGCUGGCUAAAGAUUUCAUCCCAUCUCUGAGGAGACUCUUCAAGAACAGCAUCUUCUCACUGAUGGUCCUGAUGUACCUGGUGGCUGUCAACGGCUUCAUUGGCAUGAUCACCUUCAAGCCAAAGUUCUUGGAGCAAAUCUACGGCCAGUCAGCUUCCAAGGCCAUUUUCCUCAUAGGUAUACUCAACCUGCCAGCGGUAGCUUUGGGUAUCAUCACUGGAGGUUUUGUUCUGAAGCGUUUCAAGCUGGGUGUCAUCGGAGCAGCCAGGAUGUCCAUUGCUGCCUCCCUCGGGUCCUUGUGCCUGCUCUCCAUGCAGAUCUUCAUCUACUGUGACAAGGCAGAGGUAGCAGGUCUCACUGUCUCAUAUCAGGGGGCUUCUCAAGUGUCCUACAACCAACAGACCUUGGUGUCGGAGUGCAACAUGGGCUGCUCUUGCUCACUGAAGCAUUGGGACCCAGUAUGUGCCUACAAUGGUGUGACGUAUGCCUCGCCCUGCCUGGCUGGCUGCCAGUCCUCCACUGGAAUGGGCAAGGAAAUAGUGUUUCAUAACUGCACCUGCGCUGGGGAGGUGAUGACUCCAGGCAUGAACAUGUCCACGGUGCUGGGCCAGUGCCCCAGGAGGAGCAACUGUGAACACAUAUUUAAAAUCUACAUGGCCUUGUCUGUGGUGGGGUCUUUUAUUUCUGCCUGUGGGGGCACGCCAGGAUACAUCGUGCUGCUCAGGUCCAUACAGCCAGACCUGAAGUCGCUGGCUUUGGGUAUGCAGACACUGAUAGUAAGAACUCUUGGUGGAAUACCUCCUCCUAUAUAUUUCGGUGCUCUGAUUGACCGAACCUGUUUGAAGUGGGGUACCAAGCAUUGUGGAGGCCGUGGAGCAUGCAGACUUUAUGAUGCUGAUGCAUUUAGAAUGACAUUCUUGGGUUUGAUCACUGGACUCUACUGCCUAUCCAACAUGCUCUGGGGAGGCCUGUACUACAAACUUGUCAAGAGACAGAAGAAGUUAGCGCUGAGGAAUCAGGCCAAAGAAAAUGGACUGCAGGGUGACACAGCUGGCAAUGGACACGCCAACAUCAACAUUGCUAAAAACAAAGAAGACGGGGACAAUGAAAGCACAAUUUAAAGGAGGGAGUGUUUGAGGAGGGCAACGCCGCUGAGUAAAGCAGGUCACUGACAGAUUUUCUACUGCAUAAGUACUGUGAUGCAUCCAUACUGGACCAAAUGAGGGAAUGGUACAGUGUCCGCGCUCUUUAGUCUUCAAGCAGUACACUUUUUUUUUUUUACACAGAUACCAUGCGGAAAACAUCUACUGCUAUUUGUUCAGUUCAAAGGUCAAAGAUUCUGACUUGAGAGUAGUUUUACUAUGAACAAUGAAUUUACAUUAAACAAUGGGCAUUCAACAUCUUCCCAAAAAAUACAUAAACUUAGAGGUAAUUUUAGCUCUACUUCAAAACAGUCAAGAAAAUGAAAAAUGUCAUAUUUGGAGAACGUUUGGCUGUUUAGCUUGUGUCCACCAUUUAUACUUGAGUAGCAUUAGGUCAGGUAAUGAUAGUGCUCUCUCAUCCUACAGCUUUAAAGUGAUUUAGUGACAGUUUGGCAAACAUGUAUACAGUAUACAAUAUAUGUACAGUGUAUAGUUUAGUAUAGUUUUACAUAUUAGCACAAGACAACUAAAAUGUUUAUGGUUUCAGAUGUGGUAGCAUCUUUGUAACAUGUCCAUGUUUUGUCAGUGAGAGUGGGAGUUUGUGAGAUAAGUUCAGUAAAAAAAAAUAACAUUAGUGUAAACCAACUUAAAUACACACAGAGGAGAUCGGAUCACAUUUCCUAUAGGGGUAAUUAGAAAGCAAAUAAAGUAGUUUGGUUAGGACUGUCAUAGAUUUGACUGUUGCAAAAAAAGGCCUCCUCAACAAAUUAUCAGGUAGAUGGUACCUGCUGUUUGGCUGCAGAGCAGAAGAAGUAAAGUGCUUUGCUUUAUUCUGCUUUGACAGAUUCAGUGUUGAUGGACUCUGUGACUGGUUCAGGCUGAUUCACUCAAAGCAGCACAAGUUGUCCAAGAAGGAUAAAAGUAGUUUUCGAAAGCAAAAGAUUGGACAACCAAUGAUAUCUGACAGUGUGUCUUUGUUCACUAUUUUCAUUUACAUGAAAAGCUGUUAUAGGCUGAGGCCCAGGCACAGUUCCAUUUUUGUCAGGUGCACCUGUUUUUGUAGUUUGUGACCAACAAACCUGCACUGCUCUAAGGCCAAAUAUAGGUACAUUUGGUCCAGAAUUAGAUGUGAAGAUCAAUGUCACAUUCAUGUCUCCGUUAGGUAAACACAUGAAGCGAGCGCCAGCAGGUCAGUUUGGUCUGAUGAGAGCAUAGCGACCAAAUAAUCGACCAGGAGACUACAGCCCUAAUUGUUUGUGGACUUCAGUUUUGAAGCCUUGAGUUUGGCCGGUUGUUUUGGCCAUUACCAUCUUGGAUUUUUGGAGUCAUAAAUGACCAUAUUUGUAUGAGAGGGUGGAGCUAACCCAAAUUCUGGCUGCUAGCAUAGAUAGCAUGUUGCAUUUACAACUAUGGUUAACUGUAAUGUUGCUAAUGCUAAUUUUCACUAGCAUAAAAAAGCAGUUAACUUUCGUGAACUGAAAACAGACUGAAAUAGCCAUGGCUAUGGCCAUACUCUGUCAGUCUGCGGUUAUGUUAUUUAGAUUCAGAUUUCUUUAUUGUCAUUGUAUAAACACACAAUGAAAUACAGGUGCAUUCAAGGACCAGGCUCAGAUAGUGUUUGGUUUAGUGUUGUCACGGUACCAAAAUUGGAACCCACGGUACGAUACCAGUGAAAGUAUCAUAGUUCUGAGUAGUAUCACGAUACCACAGCAAAAAUGAGGCGGAUGUGAGUUUUGUCAUUUAUAAAAAGAUAAAUCACUUUUCUAUAAUACAUCAAUGAUAUUUCAAUGGAAUAAAUUACUUAUUGACUUAUUCAUACUUCAAAAACAGCAUCAAUAAGUGAUUAACAUAGGGGGGGUCAAAAUAAAAAAAAAAAAUAUAAUAAAAAUCAACCAGUCACCCUCCUCCCCUUCAUAAGUAAAGAACAGUCCCUUAAGUGCAGUGAGGUUUGUGGACCGUUACCUGCCACAAAGAGAGAAAUUUGAACAACUCGUCUCUCCUCUGACACGUCACAUACCUGUGUGCCGCCACGCCUCGGCUGUUCGGGUAUUUCUGGGCAGUCAUGACACCAACGAAGAGGAAAUUGGUUACUACGGUACCCCAACAUUAUGGUAUCAUGUGUAUCGUGGUGUUUUAGUACCGUUGGUACCAGUGUACCGUGCAACACUAGUUUGGUCAGGGGCGCCUGGCCAAUAGAGGGCGAUAGGGCGCCGCCCCUCCUUGAGCCACAAAAGAAAAGAAAGAUGAUGAUAAUAAAUGUAUGAUUAUCAUCAUCAUCAUUAUUGUCAUAUAUACACACAAUAUAUUAAUUAUUCUGAUCAUUUUCACUUGAAACAACUCGUCCUGCCUCUGAAUAUCCAAUCAGAUGCAGUGUGAAGUCACGUUCCGGCCCUUUGGGGCGAUAUCAGCCUGGCUGGAAAUCGCCCCGAAUCACUCUCAUAGACGUCCAUGUAAAAUGCUUUUUUUUCUAAAUGCAGGCACUCCAAUGCAAUCUCUAUGGGUUCCGGGAGGGCUUGUAUCAUUCAUGUGCUCCUCGGAUGGUCCGAUUUCCCAUGUCGGGAAGUCGUUCUUACUUCAUUGUAUGUUCAUGAGCGUUUAAGUCGUAAUGUGGAGACAUCAUGGACAUUACAAAGAAGAUGUGUUGUAUUUUAUCACUCAAAAUGUUUAAAAAACACGUCGUCAACCGUUUCCACUGAAAUAUUGCUUUACGGUCGGAAACUCAUUUUUCCGAUUAUUCCGACAUCACACGAGGCAGCGCCACUGCGCAGCGGUCACAUCCAAGAUCAACAUGGCUAACGUUUCCAGCUGAUCCAAGAGGCUUUUUAACCAUAUAGGUUAUAAAGUAACGACGCAUAGUGCGUCCAAAUUCACACCCGUUCUUCUCUAUGGAUAUUCUCCGCGACCAUUAGCGAGAAGCCACACAUCACGUGAAACAGCGGAAUCGGAGCGCAGGACGGGGCUUUCCAGUGAUCACACAUAUCAUUGUGCUGUCAUCCCAUCAUGCUAUAAAUCCAGAUCAAGUGUCUACAAGAUAAAAACCUGACGAAUUUCUUUACAAUCCAUUAUACAGAUCUUGUUAUCAGUCACUUCAUAUAGUGAGGAAUAUCGUAUCUUACCACGUCUUAGGCUUGCGUGUGUUUCUCCCUGUCUAUCCACAUUUGUAGUCCGGCUUUCAAGAUGCAAAUAUCUCCAUAUUGUCCAGUUGACACUCCAUCAAACUUUGUAUGACAAGACCAGCCACUUCACCUUUGCGCACCCAGACAACUGCAGCCUAAUUAUGCAUGCUGACAGGGCCGUAGUCACCAUAUACAUUGAGGGGGACACGUUCCCCAAUGCCCAAAAUGCCCCCCAAUAUAUAACUGAAACUGAAAAACAACAACAAAAAACGUUCAGGUCAGGUCAAAGAGCAGUGAUACUAUGUGAUGUGCAUUGUAUUAAGUUGUAGGGUAUGCCUGCAUUUAAUCAGAACACAAAAUGAAUUUCCACUUAGCUAUAAUAAAAUGUUUUCUGAUUAAGACUGACAGUGACUCAGUGAAUACCUUACUCAGUUUUAUUUGAUUAAUGGUAAAACAGGUCUCUGUUUACAUUCAAAGGUAUUUAUGUGGGCAAACUGAUGAAAAGUAGUCUGUUGAUGACCACAGUGGAUUGUUCAGUCAUUGUAGAGCCAAAUUAAUUCAAAUUUACCCAUUGAACGGGUCACCUCAGCCAUCAUCACAACAAUUGCCCCCCCUGAGAAAUUUGGCAGGAGCCGCCACUGAGUUUGGUUGUAUUAAAAGAACCCUUUAAUGACUUGGAUGUUCUAUUUUUCUGUUAAGUACAUUUUGUUUUGGUGUUUUUGAGCCUGUUUUUUUGUGAGUGAAAAUUAGCAUUAGCAUUAUCACAGUUAACCAUAGCUGUAAAUACAACAUGCUAAAUAGCAGCCAGCGCUAGGGUUAGCUUUACCGUCUCGUCCAAAUAUGGUAAUUUCUUACCAAAAUGCCAUGGUUAUUACCUAACAAGUGGUGUUGCCAUGGUAGCGUCUUGUCAACAGAUGGCGCCCAACUGUCACUCAAAGCAGCCAUACCCUUAGUCAUGUAUAACUUUAAGCCUUUAUAACAUUUAAAUUGGUAGGUUUUAUCAAAAUUCACCUCCUGUACAGUUGUCAUGAAUGGAGAAAUUGGCUAUGGAGACCAAAACUGGUUUUUGCAGCAAGUUGUAAACAUGUUUACAUUGGGCAUUUUAACAUUGGGGUCUAUGGGAAUAGACUCAGUCCUGGAGCCAGUCUCAAGUGGCCGUUUGAUGAACUACAGUUUUUGGUACUUCAUAUAGGCUUCACUUUCCAGUCCCAAAGGCUGCAGCUUGGUCUAUAAAACACAUUGUAGUUUCAGAGGGAUAUAAGACUAUUUCUUGGCCCGGAACAGUGACGUCUUGGAGUCUUGUCAUCUUAGUGAGGUUAUCUUGCAACCAGCAAAGACUUUGUAUUAAACAAAUGAGAUAUAAAGUGUCAGUUAAUAAGCUUUAGGGGUGGUGAUUUGCAGAUUUUAGGCUUUGGACAGUCAACCUACCUGCAUCCCCCUGUUUCCAGUCUUUGUACUAAGCUAAGCUACCUAGCUGCUGGAAGUAGCUUCACAUGUAAACUGCAGACAUGAGAGUGGUAUCAGUCAUCUCAUCUAAAUAUGUAAUGUAUUUGCCAAAAUGUGGAACCAUUCCUCUAAGAGAUUCCUAAUCAGAUUUGAGAAACUGUAGAGGCUGGGUUCAGGUUUUCUUUCUUCAUGCUAAAGAACUGUUUCAUUAACAGGCUUCAUCGCAGCCUGUCAACCUUUAUUCUACCUGUCAGUGGUGUGCCCUGGCAACAUCAUGUCUGGAUAUCCCACCUGUCUGACUUUACACCCACUUCUUGUUACAUAACAUUAUAGACAAACACUAAAGGUCACAAACGUUCAUGAAAUCCUCUGACUAGGGUCUGGAAAAGUUCCGUAUAAUUUGGACAGCGUGAGUGGAGAGUAACUCAAACCUGAUUGUACUUUGUUUUACUCUGUUCUACACUAGUUGUCAUUAACAAUGUAUCAUUAGCUAAUGCAUAUAAUUACUGUUGAUUAUGAGAAUAUAUAUAUUGAGUUAGAUAGCUUGUUUUUUAUUGUGUCCUUAUAUUUUGUUUCAUUAUUUCUGUCUUUUUUUCUUUUUUUACAAUUUUGUUGAUUGUAAGCAUUAAAGACAAUUUUUUCACAAUA